GGGGGGUUGAGAGAAAAGGUGCUCGCUCAGGAGACGGAACGCAGGAAGCGAUGGCGGGCAGGUGGCGAUCUGGCGCGCAGUGGUUUUGUGCGAUUGUCGUGAUGACGGACAUUUUGCUGGGCCUAACUUUGCUCUCUGAUUUUGCGAGCGGUAGGCCCUUUCCAGGACGCCCUGGGCAUGGCAAGCACGGGCGUCAUGGAGAACACGGCAGUGACGGCAACCAUGCCAACCUGCCGCCGGGGUGUCGAGGUCAUCCUUGUGCCCAUGGGAGGGGGAUGACAGAAACGGUAGCGGUAGUAGAUUCGGCAUCCCUCCCACUCAACGCGACCACCAGUGAUAGUCUGUCCUCCUCCUCCAUCUCCUCCCUCGUCGUCCGUAUUGGCAGCGUGGUUGAGAAGCGCAUCUGUCGCCUACCUGGACUCUACGACAGGUUUCCCUCUCCUCACUACUCCGGCUAUGUCUAUCUCAACGACACUUCCACGAUUACCAACAGCACGCGGCGGCUGUACUACUACUUCGUCAGGUCUGAAAGGGACCUGGCAUCCGAUCCCGUCGUUCUGUGGCUGAAUGGAGGGCCGGGAUGCUCUUCGAUGUUCGGCUUUGCCUUGGGCAACGGCCCUUUCCGCUUCACACGUGGCGACAGCACGGGAUCCCUUCCUGAGCUGUCCGUCAACCCCGACGCCUGGAGCAAGGUGGCAAACAUGAUCUUCCUGGACUCACCCUUCGGGGUCGGGCUGUCCCGAUCCCAGCAGACGCCCAGCCCCGUCCGGACGGACGACCUUGCCACGUCAGCCGACCUCCACCGCUUCCUGCUGGAAUGGAUGAAAGCUCACCCCACCUUCACCAAGAACCCCCUCUACCUCGCCGGGGAGUCGUAUGCAGGGGUAUAUAUCCCCAUGCUGGCCCAGAAAAUCGUCAAGGGGUUGGACACCAAGCUCCAACCCCUACUCAACUUAAAGGGGUACCUUAUCGGCAACGGGGUAGUGGAGACGCCGGCCUGGAAUUCAGUGUUCAACAGUUAUGGGAUUGUGAGCAAGUCCCGCGGGCUUUCCAUCAUCAACGCGGAGAUGUACGAGUGGGUGACCAGCGAGUGCGGCUCCCUUGCCACGAUGAAUGAGAUCUGGACGGCUCCAGAUGCCUGUCAAUCGGCUGUUAGAGACUACGCUUUCUACUUCCUCAUCUUCGCUACGGUGAGGAGGAUCAACGUGUAUAACGUGGGAGGUGAGUGCGUCGGUCCUCUUCCCGAUAUCUACGACGGCUUGAACCUGACGGCCUCCAAAUCGCAGGCCACCAGCAGCCAGAUGGCCGCGCUCGUAAGUCAGCUGCCAAAAAAGUUCCCCUUUGGCAGCACACCCUGUCUAGAUACCGAUUGGUUGGGCAAUUGGUUCAACAAUGACGCAGUGAGGCUGGCUCUCAACGUGCCGCCCGUUUCCGAGAUCGGGGAAUGGCUAAGUUGCGCGACGCAGUUGGAGUACGAUCAGAACGGAGGAGAUAUGGUGGCAUUGCACAAGACACUGACGUCUCAGUACGGACUACGAGUGCUCAUAUAUAGCGGAGACCACGACCUCGUCGUUCCCUCGGCGGGUACGGAAUCGUGGAUAAAAUCCCUUGGAUACGGGGAGGCCUUCCCCGGAUCCACGCGGUGGAUGGGAUGGACGGUAGGCGACCAGACCACGGGGUUUAGACAAAUCUAUGAGAAGAAACUAACCUACGCUACGGUGCUCGGGUCGGGACAUGCUGUCCCUACAGACAAGCCCGAAGCAGCGCUCAAGCUAUUCCAGUCUUGGAUCGACACAUCCGACACGUUUCCACUCUGAGUCACCUACCCACCUACCUAUCUACGUUCUCACAUUCACGAUUCAUCACCUACCUAUC